AUGAAGGUGAGUGUGAGACAGAUGAGCAUAGUACGCCCAGCAAAAUGCACGCCGAGGCAUAGACUAUGGCUGUCGAACUUGGACAUUGUGCAUCCAAAAACUCAUCUCAAGACGAUCUACAUAUACAAAGAGGCCGACAGCCAGCACUCUACUUCUUCUGAUUUCUUCGACGCCAAAAUGAUGAAGGACGCUCUGAGCAAGGCCCUGGUGCCAUUCUAUCCCAUGGCAGGGAGGCUUGGGAGAGACAAUAAUGGGAGGCUUGAACUGGACUGCAAUGGGGAAGGAGUCUUGUUUCAAGAGGCGGACGUAGAGACCACAAUCAAUGAGCUAGGAGAGUUCUUGCAUAAAGCUGAGGAUGAAUUGACCGAGCUGGUUCCCAGUGUUGAUUACUCCAAAGGGAUUUCUUCUUACCCUCUGUUCCUUCUCCAGGCGAGCCCCUUAGGAUGA